AUGCCUAGCAUUCGCGACAUUUUCCGCAGGUUUUCACGCCAGCCCCGGGAACCGGCGCCGGCGGAGACCUACUCGGAAGCUCCCGAAGUAGCGCCUUUCACGGCUCCCAACCGGGAGCACGAAGACGAAGCUCCUCCUUCUGUUCCAGCAUCGAGCGGGUUCCCCGUCGCUCCGGCUGGUGAACCCGUGUCAUCCCAGCCCGCGUUCGACGAUCGCCCGGUUUGGGAAACAACCGUUGCGGCUUCAACCGAACCGGAGGUCAGUUUCCCAACCCCCCGCCGGCGCGAAGACGGUAAUGUCGGCGUGCUGGAACCGCCAAUGGUCGAAAUCACGGACGACGACGCCCUGGUCAACGAUCCGUUGCAGCUCACCUGUCCGUAUUGCGGCGCGGAAAAUCAGCGCGUCGGUUCCCGGUGCGCCAAUGAGCGUUGCAACCGGGUGAUUGUGCGAGUGCCUUCCUGGGCGCAACACCGUCGGCACAAUUGGUUCACACGCCGUCUCUCGUGGCGGCGCAUCAUCGGCGCCUGCGUGCUCGCGCUCUUUAUCGUUUUCGUAAUCUGGGUCAACUAUCCGUUUGCGCCCGACCCGGUGGUGUUGUUCAAAAAGACCCAAACCCAGUUGACCAUAGACGCUGGUCCCGGGUCAUGGACGGGCGUGGGGAGGGACUUACGGCACAGUCGCCGAGUUGACAUUGGUCCUCCUCCUCCUUCGGGCCAGAUCCGGUUCUGGAACUUCGACGUCCCCGGCGACCCGUUGCUGUCCGAACCGGUCGCGCAAGAUACUCACGUGUAUCUCGGUUCGUCCGAAGGCAUGUACGCUUUAUCCCAUGCGGAUCUAUCGUUUAUCGAAAAAUGGGAAGGAGACACGCCGGGUAGGAUUACCGGCGGGGCGGCGGUUAUUGGCCUGUAUCUGUUCUUCGGAAGUACCGACCAUACCGUAAGCUCAUGGAACGCGUUCGACGGCCAGGUGCGUUGGAGCUUUCCCGCCGUGGACACGGUUGAAACCGCACCUGUAGUGUCCAAUGGCCUAGUUUACAUCAGCUCAGGAGAGAGCUGGAUCUACGCCCUUGACGCCCAUAACGGAGCGUUAAUUUGGAAAAAGCAGCUGGACAGCAACGCAAGCGACGCCGCUACCAUUCACGACGGCAAGCUGUUCAUCGGGGACGAAAAGGGCGUGUUCUACAUUUUAUCCGCCCGUACCGGCCAGGAAUGGUUCCGCUUCCGGACUCCACGAGCCAUCACUGGAUCCCCGGUGGUAUCCGAAGACGGUGAACGCGCAUAUUUCACCGCCGGUGGUCAGUUGUACGCGGUGCAAGCCACACGGCGAGAAAUACCGGGCCUUUAUCAGUUCAAACAACUGUGGGCUCAGCUGUGGCUUUGGCAGGUCCCCGGCGUACCACGCCCCAAAGGCCAACAGGGCGGGCUGUGGCGUUUCACGCCGGAAAAUCCCCUCCAGGGCGUCAAGAGUAGCCCGGCUCUCGUCGACGAUGAACAAGGCGGCGUUUUGUACGUCGGCGGACACGAUCACAGCGUCUACGCCCUGGACGCCAACAACGGCGAUCUACUUUGGUCCUUCCAAACCGAGGACGACGUCUGGGCCUCGCCGCUCGUGAUAAAAAACCAUCUGAUAGUUGGCGAUGAAUCGGGGGCUUUGUAUUCCCUGGACCGGGAGACCGGACAGGAAAACUGGGUCAUGAAUCUGGGAUCGCCCAUCAAAAUCCCGCCGAUAGUCAGUAACGGGUUGUUAAUCGUACGCACCGCCGACGGGAAUGUGUAUGGCAUCGAGUAG